CAAGAUGGCAGGCGCCGGAGACUCGCUUCCGCUUCCGGUGUAAGCGACCCGGCCGGGGGGGCAAGAUGGCGGCGGCAGUAGGGGUCCGUGGACGGUACGACCUGCCGCCUUGCUCCGGCCCAGGUUGGCUCCUCAGCCUUUCCACCUUGCUGAGUGUGGCGGCACGAGGAGCCUUCGCCACCACGCACUGGGUCGUCACGGAGGAUGGGAAGAUCCAGCAGCAGGUGGAUUCACCAAUGAACUUGAAGCAUCCUCAUGACCUAGUCAUAUUAAUGAGACAAGAAACAACAGUUAACUACCUCAAAGAAUUAGAGAAACAAUUAGUUGCUCAAAAAAUUCACAUAGAAGAGAAUGAGGACAGAGACACAGGACUGGAACAGAGACAUAAUAAGGAAGACCCAGACUGCAUCAAAGCCAAGGUGCCCUUAGGGGACCUGGAUCUGUAUGAUGGCACAUACAUAACUUUGGAGAGCAAAGACAUCAGUCCUGAAGAUUAUAUAGACACAGAAUCUCCUGUCCCUCCAGACCCUGAGCAACCUGAUUGUACUAAAAUUCUAGAACUUCCAUAUAGUAUACAUGCUUUUCAGCACUUGAGAGGUGUACAAGAGAGAGUUAACCUUUCUGCACCUCUGUUACCUAAAGAAGACCCAAUCUUCACAUAUUUAUCUAAACGAUUAGGAAGGAGUAUAGAUGACAUAGGUCACCUCAUUCAUGAAGGCCUACGGAAGAACUCUUCCUCAUGGGUACUGUAUAACAUGGCGUCGUUUUACUGGAGAAUUAAGAAUGAGCCAUAUCAGGUAGUGGAGUGUGCCAUGCGAGCACUUCACUUCUCUUCCAGGCACAAUAAAGACAUUGCCCUGGUCAAUCUGGCAAAUGUUCUACACAGAGCACACUUCUCUGCUGAUGCUGCUGUUGUGGUCCAUGCAGCUCUGGAUGACAGUGACUUCUUCACCAGCUAUUAUACUUUGGGGAAUAUAUAUGCAAUGCUUGGGGAAUAUAACCACUCAGUGCUCUGUUAUGACCACGCUUUGCAGGCCAAACCUGGGUUUGAGCAAGCUAUAAAGAGGAAGCAUGCUGUUCUAUGUCAGCAAAAACUGGAGCAGAAAUUGGAGGCUCAACAUAGAUCUCUCCAGCGAACACUGAAUGAGUUAAAGGAAUAUCAAAAGCAGCAUGACCACUACCUGAGACAGCAGGAAAUCCUAGAAAAACAUAAAUUGAUUCAGGAGGAGCAAAUCUUAAGAAAUAUCAUUCAUGAGACUCAGAUGGCAAAAGAGGCACAAUUAGGAAAUCAUCAGAUAUGCCGACUGGUCAACCAGCAGCAUAGUUUACAUUGCCAGUGGGACCAGCCUGUACGCUAUCAUCGUGGAGAUAUCUUUGAAAAUGUGGACUAUGUUCAGUUUGGUGAGGAUUCAUCAACCUCCAGUAUGAUGUCUGUGAACUUUGAUGUUCAAUCAAAUCAGAGUGAUAUCAAUGAUUCGGUCAAGUCUUCUCCCGUAGCCCAUUCUAUUCUCUGGAUUUGGGGCAGGGACUCUGAUGCAUAUAGGGACAAACAGCAUAUUCUGUGGCCUAAAAGAGCAGAUUGUGCAGAAAGCUACCCUAGAGUCCCUGUUGGUGGGGAAUUACCAACGUAUUUUUUGCCUCCGGAAAACAAAGGACUCAGGAUCCACGAACUCAGCAGUGAUGAUUAUUCUACAGAAGAAGAGGCCCAAACCCCUGACUGUUCCAUAACUGACUUCAGAAAAAGCCACACUCUGUCCUACUUAGUCAAAGAAUUAGAGGUUCGCAUGGAUCUGAAAGCCAAAAUGCCAGAUGACCAUGCACGAAAAAUUUUGCUUUCCCGUAUUAAUAACUAUACUGUCCCAGAAGAAGAAAUUGGGUCUUUCUUAUUUCAUGCUAUUAAUAAGCCGAAUGCUCCUGUCUGGCUCAUACUCAAUGAAGCUGGACUAUACUGGAGAGCAGUAGGAAAUAGCACUUUUGCUAUUGCCUGUCUUCAGAGGGCUUUGAAUCUAGCUCCACUUCAAUACCAAGACGUUCCUCUUGUCAACUUGGCCAACCUUUUGAUUCACUAUGGCCUUCAUCUUGAUGCCACUAAGCUACUACUUCAAGCUUUGGCCGUCAAUAGCUCUGAGCCUCUGACCUAUUUGAGCCUGGGAAAUGCUUACCUUGCUCUGAAGAAUAUCAGUGGGGCACUUGAGGCCUUUAGACAGGCCUUGAAAUUAACCACCAAAUGCCCAGAGUGUGAAAACAGCCUGAAGUUGAUCCGCUGUAUGCAGUUUUAUCCUUUUCUGUACAACAUCACUUCAUCUGUCUGCAGUGAAUCUACGGGAAUUGUACCAAAUCUUGGUCCAAAUGAUGAUGCCACUGCAGGUAAUUGUCAUGAGAAAACCCUGGACAACAGCCAUGACAAACAGAAAUAUUUUGACAACUCACAGUCACUGGAUGCUGCUGAAGAAGAGCCCUCUGAGAGAGGAACAGAGGAGGACCCUGUAUUCUCUGUUGCGAAUUCAGGGAGGGACUCAGAUGCCCUUAGACUUGAAAGUACAGUGGUUGAGGAGAGCAAUGGUUCUGAUGAGAUGGAGAAUUCAGAUGAAACAAAAAUGUCAGAAGAAAUACUAGCUUUGGUGGAUGAAUUCCAACAGGCAUGGCCUUUGGAAGGCUUUGGGGGUGCACUGGAGAUGAAAGGGCGGCGUCUAGAUUUACAAGGAAUACGGGUGCUGAAGAAAGGUCCCCAGGAUGGAGUGGCCAAAAGCUCUUGCUAUGGAGACUGCAGAAGUGAAGAUGAUGAAGCAACAGAAUGGAUUACAUUCCAGGUCAAACGUGUAAAGAAACCCAAAGGAGAUCAGAAGAAAACUCCUGGGAAAAAAGUAGAAUCAAGUCAGAUAGAAAAUGGGCAUCGUUACCAAGCAAACCUGGAGAUCACUGGCCCCAAGGUGGCGUCUCCUGGGCCACAAGGAAAAAAACGUGACUACCAGAGUCUGGGAUGGCCCAGCCCAGACGAAUGCCUCAAACUCCGCUGGGUAGAGCUGACUGCCAUCGUGAGUACCUGGCUUGCAGUUUCUUCAAAAAACAUUGACAUCACAGAACACAUAGACUUUGCCACCCCUAUACAGCAGCCAGCAAUGGAGCCUCUUUGCAAUGGCAAUCUCCCCACCAGUAUGCAUACCCUGGACCACUUGCAUGGGGUUUCCAACCGAGCCAGCCUGCACUACACGGGAGAGAGUCAGUUAACAGAGGUAUUGCAAAAUCUUGGCAAAGACCAAUAUCCACAACAGUCACUUGAACAAAUUGGCACCCGAAUUGCCAAAGUUUUGGAAAAGAACCAGACGUCUUGGGUCCUCUCCAGCAUGGCAGCCCUCUACUGGAGGGUGAGAGGCCAGGGAAAGAAGGCAAUCGACUGCCUCCGCCAGGCUCUGCACUAUGCACCACACCAGAUGAAGGAUGUGCCCCUGAUUAGCCUGGCCAACAUCUUGCACAAUGCCAAGCUCUGGAACGACGCCGUCAUAGUGGCCACUAUGGCAGUGGAGAUCGCACCACACUUUGCUGUGAACCACUUCACUCUGGGCAAUGUCUACGUGGCAAUGGAAGAAUUUGAGAAGGCACUGGUGUGGUAUGAAUCCACACUGAAGCUUCAGCCCGAGUUUGUCCCGGCCAAGAACCGAAUCCAGACCAUCCAGUGUCACUUAAUGCUGAAGAAGGGACGGCGCUCUCCUUAGUGCUCUUUUCCUUUCUCUCUUUCUCUUCACUCACGCUCUCAAAAAACAAACAAGAAUAAGAAACCAAUCAUUGUCAGUAUCUACUCUUAAUGAUGUGUGUGAACAUAACUGAGUAAGACUUAUAACAGGACUUUUACAUAUGUGGGAAUUGGUUUGUUUUUGUUUUUAAGUUUCUUCUUUCCCCCAACCCACCUCAGAAGAGGCACCUUCAGAAACACAUUUCUUAAAAGGAAAGUGCAGCUUCAAGAUACUGUGUAAAUACUGAGCCAAGACAUUUCUGGAGUUGUGCUUUGUCUCCAAAACCUCAAUGCCUUUAGGGCUCUUCUCAGUGGUCCAGCUAGCCUCCUCCUUGAAGGAGGAGGAAGCCGCAUUGUACAUUCUUUGCUUCCUGUCCUAGCCUCUGUUGUCGAUGGAAAUGCAAAAGCCCAUCUGGUGCCAGUCAGUGAAGAGCAACGUUCUGCGCUCUCUCCGUUAGACCUCCAUGCUGUCCCAGUCUUGUCUGUUCCGUGCUGCUAUGUUAUAAACUCUCAGAGGUAGUUUGCGGGGGAGGAAGGGAAAUAUGAUUUUAAAAACAAAACAUUUACAACAACAAAAAUUCUUAGGAUCACCUGACCUUUGUAAUGUUAUUUAUGUUGGGGAGGGAGGGGGGCUGAGAAGGGGAAAUCAGCAGUGGGCAACAUCUCUAUCAUUUGUACCUUCAUUACAAAUCACAAGGAAACCAGUAAGUUGCAAUCCUAUAUAACAGGUUUAUAUAUAUAGCAUAUGUAUAUUUGAAGCCCUCUACAGACUGAGUCUCUGUUUUACUAAUUCUUUGUUCACUGUGUUACCCAUCUUGGAAUAAGGUGUGAGUGUCAACUCCCUCUCUCUGAGGCCUCCAAACUUAGCUGCUCAGGAGAGUAAAGAGCCAAGGUUGAGUGUUUCCAUACAGUGCUUUUACCUUUGGUCCCAGGAGAAUCAGAAACUCCAGCAUUUUGGAACUUCAAGGGCACAUACUGAGAAGAAAAUAAAAGUUGUUUAUGAGCAAAA